AUGUCUCGUCCUGGUACUACGCUUUAUGUGACUGGCUUCGGGCACGGGACCCGAGCUCGCGACCUUGCCUACGAAUUCGAACGAUAUGGACGUCUUGUUCGGUGUGAUAUCCCAGCACCGCGUACCCCUUCCAGCAGACUGUUUGCAUUUGUGGAAUAUGAGAGUCGCCGCGAUGCAGAUGACGCAUAUCAUGAGAUGCAUAACAAGCGAAUUGGACGAGAUGAUCUGUUGAAGAUCGAGUGGGCCCGGACUCCUCCAUCUGCUUCUUGGCGCUUUGACUCUGGCCGCGAUCGCCGACGCGACCGUACUCCUCCGCGUCGUGGUCGCUCUCCUUCACCUAGACGUGGUCGUAGUGACUACUCACCACGUAGGGAUGACAGGUAUGACCGCGAUUAUGACCGACAUGAUCGCGACUAUGACCGCCGUGACCGCGACUAUGACCGCCGUGACCGCGAUUAUGAUCGGCGUGACCGCGACCGAGAGCGUUCACGUGAUCGCUCUCGUAGCCCCGAUGAGAGAGACCGUGAUAUUAAGGACGAUAGGGAGCGCCGUGAUGACGAUCGUGAACGACGCGAGGAUGAGCGUGAGAAUGAGCCCAACGGUGAAGAUAGAAAAGUUCCGUUAGAACCCCUGACCACCGCUCAUGAUGAGCUGGAUACAGCCGAGUAGGUUUUUGGCUUCAUGAACCACUAGUCAUCUCCAGUACAUGCAGUCAGAAGACCUCGUAUCUAUGCAGAGUCAUGCUCAAGGUUCAAUUCGUUGCUAGCACAUGAAGCCCAGUCACUUUCGCGAGGCUCACCGGUAAUCGACCUGGAUUUUUUCUGAUGCCCCAUCACUGUUGAAUAUUAGUGCGCUUUACAGACAACCCCCCCCCCC